CACCUCUGGAUUCCUCCCUCUCAUCUCUGGAUCCUUCAAACGGGCGCACGGAACAGCCCCGGGCGGUGUGGACCUCUCCACGGCGCAGGACGCGCUGUCGGACACACGUGCGUCUCAUUUAGGUGAGUGUGCGGCGCCGCAGCCCUGACGGCGCAGCGGUUUCCGUGAGGAGGAAAUGAUGGAGAAGGAAAGUUUCUGACGUUCUGUUGGGAGCGUCCGCAGGAAAAACUGGAGAUCAUUUUUCGCUCUGCGCGCUCUGCUCGUCCUCAUCACCGCGCACAGAUACUGUUGAUCUGAAGCAUCUGUAUGGAUUUGGGAUUAAUAAGGUCUCCGACACUGAAAUGUCUCAGGAUUGGAAAUGCAGCUCCACGCCUGUCUGUUGCUUCUUAUUAUCACAACAGAUAAAACAUUGUCCUUGUCGCACCACCACUGCGGUGGAAAUGUCAGCCUGGACCAAGAGCCUGCCGGUCAGAUCAAUCUCACUUUACCUGGACGUUCUGCUGACACCAACAGACUCAAGGCCAUGAGCCGCCAGUCUGAUGAAACCCUACAGGCUUCAGUUUGCACUUGGAUGGUUGGUCUUCCCCUGGGUCGGACGGUACUUUUAAAGUUAGUACGGUUGGGAGGUGGGUCGAGCUUGUCGGUGCGCUGUCUUUGGAAAGACGAAGAUCAGGUCCUGGAGAUAGGAGGGACGGCUCUGCUCUCCGGCUGUGAUAGAAACAAAGCCACCCUGUCUUGGACAGGAGCAGGACACUCCUCGAGUACAAUUCAGCUGUCCUAUUAUGUCCAGGAAGAUGAGAGGAAUUCCUUGGAGCACCACACCAACCCACAUUCAGACUUUGUACGGUGGUCUCAGACAGGAACCAGCUUUAAAAGCACAGCUCCUGUUGGUCAAGAGGUGGUGAGAGGGACAGAAGAGGGCAGAGGUCGCGUCUACGAAGGUCUGCAGUGGAGUUCUGGGCCUGGCUCUGUGUCUCCUCCCUCCUCUCAGGAUCAGGGGCUGCUGCACCCCACCUCGACCCUGCAGGGACUCACCGUGGCUGGGAGAGCCGAUAGGGAAACUCUCCCUCUUCCUGAGGAAGAGCAAAACAAUAGAGCGGAUACAUCUGGAGCUGCUCACCUCACUGAUGGUCCCAUGUCUGCCGGAGAGGGAACACACCCCUAUUUUCAGCAUGUGCUCAGUACAGUCGCACUUUUUCACACAUCACGCUCAGCCAACACAGAAACAAACUCUCGCUACGAGCUCCCUCAAACCCAGAUGGCGCUGAAACGUGCAACAGCCAGUAGCUCUAACACCAUUCUUAGCACAGAUGCACAGAAAUAUACAGUCAGUCGGACAUCUAAACAAUCUGUAAGCACACAAGCUGACUCCACUGUGUCCAGCACCAGCGUCCCACCUCUCACUUCUUCUCCCCCUGAGCUGCCUUCCUGGACGACCUGGAUGAGUGGUACCAUCCUGGGCCCACGUGGUGGAGCUGUUAGUGGGCCACCUGGUAAAAAACAGCCUCAUUCCUGGAGGAACCAGCGAAGCACAGACCGACUUAACUCUGAUCUGACCUCCGCCGUCACAGCUGACCCUUUAAAAUCCCCCACCGAACCACAGCAGGGUGACUCAAGCAGUGCACACACUAAUACUGAACCCACUGCGUCAUCAUCAUCCUCACAGGACCCCGGCAGCGUUCAUUCAUCCACCAACCGCACCACAGGGCCUGACACUGCUGAUGGUCCUGUGGAGGCUGCAUCAUUUCAUCCAAACAUUAGUGGAACUGACUCAUUUGCAUCUGCUGCAUCAGAUGUUAUGAGUCAAACCUCUGCAUUUGAGUCCUCCGACAAAUUUAAAUACACAGAGAUGCUUCACACUUUCACUUCCCCCACACAGAGUCGAACAGACAGCACAGAGAGCGUCACACACACGCCACCUCCUUACACCUCUUCCCAAUUCCCACAGACAAGCAAAGAGGAGACUCAAACAGCAACUCAAAGUACACCAAGACAUUUUGUUUAUGCACACAUUACUACUGUCUCCUCCUCGCCAGACAUUAACAAAGUCGACGAUUGGACAUUCGCAGGUUCGUCUUCUGCACCCAGAGGACUGACAUUGGGAGAUGUAGUCCAGAACUCAGCUGCCACAGGAACCACUGCUGCCACUGAAACUUACUCACUGCGUCCCGCUUACACAGUCUUACAUGACCACCCAUCCGCAAAUGCACCGACUCCUCUUCCUCAUUUCUCAUCCAGCGCAUCCUCUACAGCUUCAUACACACUCCAGACACACACUACAUUCUCUGGUAGCUCACAUUUCGCCCACACAUCAUCGCCUUUGCCCUCCACUGCCGCUGAACCCGCUGUACACACACCCCUCAUCGACCACAAAGCCACGUCCAUACCCUCACAAACAUCGACAAUCAAACCUUCAUCUUCCUACACACCUCAUACACAAAACCACCUGCCUUUGCCAGCUUCCACAAAUGUCCCAGCUACACGUGAACACUCCCACAAUUAUGUUACUACUACACGAAUUCCUCUGCUCUCACUCACAACUUCAAAAUCAAAUUAUGGACGUGAAGAUAAAGAGGUAGAAGAAGAAACAGAGGACGAGUGGUUCAGCACCACCACGCAAGCUCCCACAGCCAGACCUCCAGGGAGACCUCCACCCUGGACAACUCCACAUCCCAGCCAGGAGAACCAUACUGCACUCACACUUUCUGUUCUAACCUCUGUACACACCUGGAGCUCCACAACUAGUCAGACACCCAAGUUCUACAUUGUGCCAGACCAGCCUGCAACCAUCAAAGUUGAGUCAAUUGAGCUGCUGCUGCAGAUCAUUGUAGAAGAAUCUGGAUCAGCUUUUACUCCUGGCUUGGAGGAGGACACCACUGCCUGGGUGGAGCCGUACCUGCAGAGAGCCCCGGGGUUCAGCAGGCUGCUGGGAGUCUGGAGCAGUGGCCAUGCAGUGCAGAGUCUGGUGGAGUUUGAAACCAGCGGGGCUCUGCAGUGGAUCAGCAUGACUGGACCCACAUCACUGUUGGAACGAACAGGACUGGCUCAAGCUGUGCGCGAGGGGAGAAGCUUCAGAUCAUCCAAGAUCACCAACAUCACAGUGGGAGGUGUGCAGGGUGAUGUGUGUGACUGGUUACUGCAGUGCCAAGCAGGCUACAAGUGUGUGUCCCAGCCUGGCACUUCAAACUAUAGCUGCUCUUCUGUUUGCCUCUUUGACUACUGCCACCACCACGGCAUCUGUACACACCACCCAGGCCACCUUCCAGUUUGCCGCUGCCUUGUAGGAGAGGACUUCUGGUACAUGGGUCAGAAGUGUGACGUGAGGAUGACUCGAGCGAGGCUCGUGGGCGCAUGUCUUGCCAUCUUACUCAUCAUGGUGACAGUGAUUGCCGUUUUGGCCUUUGUGGCAGUGAGACGCUACCGAGCCAUUCUGAUCCAGGCCAAAGUAGAUCAGACUCGGAGCAGCUAUCGCAGGUUCAACCAUUUUGAUGAGCUGUCAGGACGGUUCUGGUUGCGUUCGUGGGCAGGAUCAGCAGACUCGCUAGAUAAUCCUGCCUUUACACGCUCCGAUGAGCUACUGCACCUGCGGGCGCUCGACCGCCCCUGCUGUUACCACGACGACACGCUAUCACUAGCUUCCACCUGCCCCAGCCAUGGAACACGCAUCAAUACAAUCUACCCCCACAGCUCUCAGUAUGGAUGGAGGGGAAGCGAGAUGAGCAUGGGGGAUGGAGUGUUGGACUCGGGGAAGGCCAGUGACCUCUCUGUCUGUAGCUGGCCUGUGGAACCCAUUCAGUGGACCCCCUUCCCACUUCUGCAGCAACUGGCCUCUCACAGGACACCGACAGUGAGGAUGUCAAGACCACGCUCCUACUGUGAGGGCAUGGAGCUGGUCGACCUGGGGAAGAGCUGGACCGCUUGACACUCAUGAAGAAGAAUCAAGUCUGUUCUAAAACUGGUAUCUGCAGCUAAGUUUUGCAUUCUCGGCCUCACUUGUUCUUGUUUUGUCGAUAAAAACCAUAAAACAAUAAGUGUAAAUGUACAGAAGUGUAUAUAAGUGUAUAUUUUUGUUAAAUUGUUGCAACAUUGUCCAGUUUGAACCCUCAAUUUGUUCCUUAUAUGCUCACUCAGAUAGGAUGUAGGAUAUACUGUACAGAUAGAAAAACAAAGGCUGCCUAAAUGUCUAUGGAGCAGAGUCUUGUAUAAUGCUUUAAUAAACAUAAAUCUUACUC